AUAGAGAGAAUCCCACCCGACCCCACAACAAAAAUGGCGUAUGAAAAAGGCCCUCUUGGUCAUUUUUUUAUAUUCACACAUAGCCCUGAAAAUGCUGUUGAAAUCUCUGCUUCUCUUCCUCCUCUUCCAAGUUUGCACUUCCAGGGACACCUUGAGAUCGAACGAAGAACUGAAGGAUGAUGAUGGUGGACUUCUGGUGUCCAAAGAAAGCAGCUUUGAGUUGGGUUUCUUCAGCCCUGGAAAUUCUAGCAACCGCUAUGUUGGGAUUUGGUAUUCUCAAUCUAAAGUAUCUGAAAAAACAGUGGUGUGGAUCGCAAACAGAGACAACCCCAUCCAUGAUACCUCUGGAGUUUUCACCAUAAACAGGUAUGGAAACUUAGUUCUUUAUGCUUAUAACAUGGAGACCAGUCCUAUAUGGUCUGCAGAUGUGUCUCUUUCAGUCAAAAACACCAGCACCUUAUCUGCAUAUGUACAGCUUUUGGAUACAGGAAACUUAGUUAUGUUCCAGAAUGACAGAGACAGAAUCUUUGUAUGGCAAAGUUUCGAUUUUCCUACAGAUACUUUAAUCCCUGGUAUGAAAGUUGGGAUGAAUUGGAAAACUGGGUUAGAAUGGGUUUUAACAUCUUGGAAGUCACAAGAUGACCCUGGAACUGGGGACUAUACCUUUAGGCUUCAUAAUUGGAGCCACACUGUCACACCACAGUAUUUUAUUUAUAAAGGUUUGACCAAGUAUUGGCGAGGUGAUACAGAGCCUUGGCCUAAUUCGGUCCGAAAUGCAGAGGAAAUGUCUUUUUUCCUUACUUAUAACACCAACAAACUUACAAUAAUGAAGUUGAAGUUUUCUGGGCUACAUCAGCACUUAGAAUGGAAUGAUGGUGACGAUCAAUGGAAGGAGUUGUUGUCUACACCGAAAUACCGGUGUGACUGGUAUGGACAUUGUGGUGCCAACAGCAAAUGUAGCCUUGACAGUGGUAAUCUGUUCGAGUGUGAGUGUCUACCGGGGUAUGAACCAAAAUCCAUAAAUGGUUGGAAUGGGAGAAAUGGGUCAGAUGGAUGUGUGAGUAAACGAGUCAAAGUGUCAAAGUGUAGAAAUGGAGAAGGGUUUGUGAAGGUGGAAAGGGUGAAAGAUCCAGACGCAUCGAGAGCAGCAUUGUUGAAAAGAGGUAUGAGUACCAAAGAGUGCGAGCAGGAGUGCCUAAGAAAUUGUUCUUGCACGGCAUAUAUGACCAAAAAGAUUGCAGGGGUUGUUGAUUGCUUGACAUGGUAUGAUGACUUGAUGGACAUUUUGGUUUACACAGAGGCCAGACGAGAUCUGUAUGUUCGUGUGGAUAAAAUUGAGUUAGCUGAGAAUGCCGCAAACUCACAAGGAUUCUUCAGGAGGGGCAUGCUUGUUGUUCCAAUACUGUUUGCUCUGCUGGCCCUGGUACUAAUAAAUGUGCUUGCCUGUUGGUUGCUUAAGAAAAAAGGGAAGACAAAAGUCUUUGUGGAGGUGGAUGAACUUGAGGAAAGCAAGAGAUACCCGGAAUUGCAAUUUUUCGAUCUGAACACACUAGUAGCAGCCACAGAUAAUUUCUCUGAUGUUAAUAAACUUGGCGAAGGUGGUUUUGGUGGUGUUUAUAAGGGUGAGUUACCAAAUGGACAGAAGGUUGCUGUAAAAAGGCUGUCUAGCAGCUCAGGACAAGGGAUUGGUGAAUUCAAAAAUGAAGUUGAACUGAUAGCAGGACUUCAACACAGGAAUCUUGUGAAGCUUUUAGGUUGUUGUAUAAAGGGAGGAGAAAGGAUGCUAGUCCUAGAAUAUAUGCCGAACAAAAGCUUGGACUCAUUUCUUUUUGAUGACACAAGAAGGUCCUUCUUAGAUUGGGGAAGGCGUUUUGAGAUUCUCAAUGGGGUUGCUCGUGGGCUUUUGUAUCUUCACCAAGACUCGAGAUUAAGGAUUAUUCAUAGGGAUCUAAAAACCAGCAAUAUUCUUCUAGAUGAUGAGAUGACCCCAAAAAUCUCAGAUUUCGGCAUGGCAAGAAUUUUCCAUGGGGACCAACUUCAGGAUAACACAAAGAAAGUUGUUGGAACAUAUGGCUACAUGUCACCAGAGUAUGCAGUGUUUGGGAGAUUCUCUACGAAAUCGGAUGUGUUCAGUUUUGGGAUUGUACUAUUGGAGAUUGUUAGUGGCAAGCGAAACAAUGGUUCUUAUGAGGAGAAUUACUCCAUGAACCUGAUAGGACAUGUUUGGCAUGUGUGGAAAGAAGGAAUAGCCUUAGAUAUUGUGGAUUCAUCGCUACAAUCAUAUAAGCAUGAUGAAGUCUUGAGAUGCAUUCAAAUUGGACUGUUGUGCGUGCAAGAAGAUUCCAAGGACCGACCAGCCAUGUCAUCCGUUGUGUUCAUGUUGAGUGGUGAGGCAUCUCUUCCAUCUCCUAAGCAGCCUGCAUUUGUCUUCAGAAGAAAUUCCAGCAGUGCUGCUGAUUCAAAAGAAUUGCUUUCUAUUAACGACUUAACAAUAACGAUUGUGGGAGCUCGAUAAUGAGGCAAACUCUUUUUUAUCCCUAAUUUACACCAUUUUUCUUUAUAUUGUGUUACACUCAGACAACAGCAUUAAUUCAAGAAAGUAAUCGAAAAGAGGCUUAUGCACA